AGGCGGCUGGGUGGGCGCCGGCCCGGCCGUGGGAGGAUGAGGGCGGGGAGCUAUCGCCGUCUCCUUCAGCGUCCGGCGGGGAGACCGAGCUCCCAGGGAGGGGUGUAUGUUCCUGUCCUUUGGAUGCAGAUGCUCAACUGCUUGUGACUUCCCCUGAGUGAGGAUGAUAGAGUUCUGCUGUUGGAAAAGAUGGCCCAGGUUACUGUUGGUGUGUUGAUAGAAAAGCAAGAACAAGAAAACCGAGAUCAAGACACAACAGAUGAAAUCAGCAUUAAACUACUGAGUGACAAUGAAUUGCAGGAAAAGCUUGUCAUGUAUGGUGCCGAGCCUGGACCAAUACUACCUUCUACAAGGACUCUUUAUGAGAAUAAACUACUGCAGUUGAUGAAUCCACGUCCACAAGGAUUAUGUGGCAAGCCAAAGGAAAGUGGAGGUCUUGAUCGGAGCUCAGAGAGUGAGGAAGAAAAAGAGAACAGUACUGAAGUAGUCCUUGAAACAAAAGACUUCAAAGUGACAGCAGCUUGUGCCACUGGCUACAGUAAAGCUCCACACACUGAAUUUUCAGAACGCCACAAGAAACUCCUAGCACCUGAUGCAGAUUACAGUCUUGCCAAGAUCGUGGCAGAGCUAGAGCAAAUAUUGCCAGAGGAUAAGUUGCCAGCACAUCGGCCACAAGGACAGAAGAGGUCAGGUGACAGCAGUCCCCAGGCUACUCGUAGGACAAAGGCAGCUGACACAACGGGUUGCUCAAUUGGCAAAAAUGAUGGUCAAGGUGAAACAUGGUUUCCUGAUCCCCGGUCUCCCAUAGGAAUAAGUCCUGCUAGGAGAAGAUCAGUGAGAGAGAGUGACCCAUCAACACAGAAUAUUGUGGAGAAAUCCAAGGUGGAAAAGGAGAAUCUUGAGGCAGCAGCAUUAGAGCGGGAGGAGGCCCGUCGAGGAAUCAUACCGAUGCCCAUAAGGAUUGCUAUACUCGCUAUCUUUGUUUUCAUACUCUUUGUAUAUGUAACUAUGGAGACCAACCCAGACAAUCCAUUCACAAACUUCAUCACAGGAAGAGGAUAGUAGUGCUGUCCUGACACCCAGCUAGGGAGCAUUUAGGAGUGACUACAAAACAAAGCAAACGCCUUUUUCGCUCCCUACUUACAUGUGAACAAGCUCUUGAGAUCGUGAAUUAAAAGGCCAACAGAGGAAAAAAAUUAGUCACUGAGUUUUCUUUGUCAAAUAUUCAUUAUAUAGAGAGGCUCAUAAGUCUUGGAGACCCAACUUGCUUCACAAUUUAUCACCUCACCUUGAGCGGGGGAGAAACAGACAUGUAUCUCAUGAUCAGAUUCAUCAGUUCAUCCACUCGGAAGGGGUUUGCAUUUUUCUAAACUACCAGUGGUUGAUCAUUGUCUUUCCACAAAAUGAAUGCUCUUCUAUUGAACUGUUGCUCCCUUGUAUUGGAGAAGCACUAGCUCGAGACCUAGAAAACAAAUUGCACACCUCUGACAAGCCAUGUAACAGCCAUCAUGGUACCACAGACAAUGAGGAGCAAGUCUCAGGUUCCCCCUGGAGUGCCUUCUCGUUUCUUAACUAUGACAGGAAAUUUGCUUUCUUCUGCACUCCUCCGAUUCUGGAUCGUAUCAAAAGUGGAUACUGUGGUUGUCAGCACAUUUCUGAGGCAAUGUGUUUCCUCCUGUUUUAAACUUGAAUUGUCUUUUGUUUUUUUUUUAAAUACAGAUAAGAUCCUAAAUCACUCAAGUUACGAUGCUGUAAAAAUUAAGAUGCUUUAAAACAGUAAAUGAAAAUAAUUUCUUUUUACCUGCCAGGACCAAGUUGAGGGCAUUUAAUGUCCACAGCUCUUGUAGGAAAAACACAGAACUCUGAACUUAGGGCUUGACCCUAACACAUCACCAAAGCCUUAUGAAAUGUGUUUAAUUUUAAGUCUACUCAUGUAGUCAAUUAAUGGCAUAAGAUAUUGAAUGGUCUCUUCUAAUUUUUAAAGGCAUUUCAUUUAGCCUAAGAGAUCAGCAAAUCACUUUACGACUGUCUGAUGCCCUCACCUAAAAUCUUGGAUAAAGUUUCAAUGUGAGGUAAUGGAUUAUCUCUUUCCUAAACGGAUAACUAAUAACAAGGAGAAAGGGCUUGACUCCUACAAUUGUUGUGUAUAAUUCCACUGCCUCAGAAAAUUCUGCCACUGUAUUCUGAGUUGCAUGUUCUAAAAUGCUAGCUGCUUUGAAAAAAGCCAUCUUUCAAUAUAGUAAAUGCAAGGAAAGCUGGAAGGUGCUAUUUUUGCAUGGUUUUGUAUUUACAUGGAAACACUUAACUGUUUCAGAUUGUUGUGUAAGUACCAAGUUAUUUUAAGUGCAAUUGCUACAAUGUUAAAUAAAGAGCCUUGUGAUAUGAA